CGCACCCGCGUGUCCGGUGCAAGCGCGCGUCCUCCCGGGGCUGCGGGCGGGGCGCCUCGGAUCGAGCUUCUGAAAUUUAAUUUUUCAAGAUGAAGUUUUUAUUGGCGGUGGCCUUUUUUAUUUUAAUUUCCUUGUGGGUUGAAGAAGCCUAUUCUAAAGAGAAGUCUUCAAAGAAAGGGAAGGGGAAAAAGAAGCAGUACCUGUGCCCAUCCCAGCAGUCAGCAGAGGACCUUGCCCGAGUACCUGCCAACUCUACCAGCAAUAUCUUGAAUAGGCUAUUGGUCAGUUAUGAUCCCAGGAUAAGACCAAAUUUCAAAGGCAUUCCUGUUGAUGUGGUAGUCAACAUAUUUAUCAACAGUUUUGGAUCUAUUCAAGAGACAACCAUGGAUUAUCGAGUUAACAUCUUCCUGAGACAAAAAUGGAAUGAUCCCAGGCUGAAGCUCCCUAGUGAUUUUCGGGGCUCAGAUGCACUGACGGUGGAUCCCACAAUGUACAAGUGUCUGUGGAAACCUGACUUAUUUUUUGCAAAUGAAAAAAGUGCCAAUUUCCAUGAUGUAACCCAGGAGAACAUCCUCCUCUUUAUUUUUCGGGACGGAGAUGUCCUUGUCAGCAUGAGGUUAUCUAUUACUCUUUCAUGCCCUUUGGAUUUGACCUUGUUUCCCAUGGAUACACAACGUUGCAAGAUGCAACUUGAGAGCUUUGGUUAUACAACUGAUGACUUACGAUUUAUCUGGCAGUCAGGGGAUCCUGUUCAGUUAGAAAAAAUUGCCUUGCCUCAAUUUGAUAUUAAAAAGGAGGAUAUUGAAUAUGGUAACUGCACAAAAUAUUAUAAAGGCACUGGGUACUACACGUGUGUGGAGGUCAUCUUCACCCUGAGGAGGCAGGUGGGCUUCUACAUGAUGGGCGUCUAUGCACCGACCCUGCUGAUCGUGGUCCUGUCCUGGCUUUCUUUCUGGAUCAAUCCGGAUGCCAGCGCUGCCAGAGUGCCCCUGGGAAUCUUCUCAGUGCUCAGCUUGGCUUCUGAGUGCACAACCCUGGCUGCUGAGCUUCCCAAGGUGUCCUACGUGAAGGCUCUUGAUGUGUGGCUCAUCGCCUGUCUGCUCUUUGGGUUUGCAUCCCUGGUGGAGUAUGCUGUCGUCCAGGUGAUGCUGAAUAACCCCAAGCGAGUGGAAGCAGAAAAAGCCAGAAUCGCCAAGGCUGAGCAAGCAGAUGGGAAGGGGGCUAAUGCAGUGAAAAAGAACACCGUGAAUGGUACAGGCACUCCUGUUCACAUCAGCACCUUGCAGGUUGGAGAGACCAGAUGCAAAAAGGUUUGUACCUCCAAGUCUGAUCUGAGAUCUAAUGACUUCAGCAUCGUGGGCAGCUUACCAAGAGAUUUUGAAUUGUCCAAUUAUGACUGCUAUGGAAAACCAAUUGAAGUCAACAAUGGACUUGGAAAAUCUCAGGCCAAGAACAACAAGAAGCCACCUCCCGCCAAACCUGUUAUCCCCACAGCAGCGAAGCGGAUUGAUCUUUACGCUAGAGCCUUGUUUCCAUUCUGCUUCCUGUUCUUCAAUGUUAUCUACUGGUCUAUAUAUUUAUGAUAAACUUUUUUCAUUCAUAUAAAAUAAAAUCCCAUUGCAUUGUGACCAACCUCGUUCAUAAAUGCCAAUCUGUGAACAUUUUUUUCGCAUUUUCAUAGCAAUAUCUUGCAUUUUGGAUGCCAUUGGAUUGUUAUAAAAACUUGGCACCUUCAUGUUGAAUGGCAGCAUGAUCUUGUUAUGUCUGUGCUCUAAUAAUGAUGUAUUUAUGUAAAGCAAACAUAUUGCUUUAGGAAUAAAUGAAGGACAAGCAUACUACAUGAAAUAAAAUGCAAACAUUUCUCUUCAGUUAGUGUAAAUUGCAAAUACUUCUGAUAAUUUGAUAAUAAAAUGGUGUGCACGCUGAACCUUGUUAUGAUCAGCAUUCUAAUAUAUGUAGUAUUUCAAAUCUCCUUCCUUGUAACUUUCAGAGAAAGCUAUAUUAUUCUUGUAUAAUUUUAGAUGGUAUUAUCACAGAUAAAUCAAAAUUAUAUUACAUAUUGUAUAACUUUAUAAGUAGAAAUAUAUCAGCUAUAAUUAUGUGGCUCUGUGGAGAAAUAAAGUUCAAAAAAUUCCUAAUUUGUAAAAUCAGCUCAUUUUAAAGUGUGCCUGUGUUGUCAAAAUGCCAGAUAAUAAAACCCAGUAAGCAUUUUUGAAACAAAGGGAAAGCUAGAUUUACCUAAAUUAGUGCUGAAUUCUGGUUUCUGAUAAAAUAAAUAUAAAGGAUAGAUAUAUUGAUUAAAUAUUUCUGAUAAAAGAAAUUCUAUUUAAUCCACUUUAAAACCUAAAUAUAUUUUCAUGGAUUUUAUUUUGUUGAUACAGAGUAUACAAAAUCAUUGUGCCUUAAAAGAGUCAUAAGUAUUUUAAAUUGGAAUAUAGUAAUGAAUAUGUGAUUUCAUACCAUUUUUAAGAAACCAAGAGGAAAAUAUCUUAUUACUAUAAGUAACUUGAUUUGGGAAAAAAAAAUUCCAUGAUCAUUAAAGGAUUUUAACUUCUUUAUUUUAUAAAAAUGCUUACAUAUUUUAAAGCAAAAUUAACAUAUUUUUCUGAAUUUCUUUUUUUCUUGUUUGAAUGGCUUUUGAUUUUGUUACAAAACAUUUAAAGUUUAAGUGAAUAAUAGCUUUGUUAGGCUUCAUUUCUAAUUGUAUUUUCCUUCUUGCUAAAAGACUAGACUACUUAGAUUUACUUCCUUUGAUCUCAUUCCAAGUUGAAAACAGAUACUUUCUGGUCUAUAAGUCUCCUAUUUCCUGGUAAUAAUGCAGCCAAUGUACCUUUUUAUUUCUCCAUAGCUGAUAUUAAUACUAUCAGGAAUCCACAUAACAUAAACAUAAGUCCAAAUAGGUAUAUUUACAUGAUUGGAGAGUUUUGUUGCAGCUGAGAGUUUGGAUGGUCAAUUCAAUAAUAAAAUCCGUUUAAAUAUUGUUUAUGGAAAUUGUCAUAUAUAAUCCAAUACUAUUUUAUGGAAUACUUUAAUUUUUAAGAGUCACUGAUGACUAAAUCUUUAGAAAAAUAAGAUGUGUCUCAUCCUCUGUGGUCCUUCAGCCCCCCUCUAGUUGCAAAAGCCUAGUCAUGUGAAUAGUUUUAAAAUGCCGCAAGUAACUUUAUUAAUGGACUUCAACAUCCUGCUAGAACCCAGGGCAAUAGCAUCUUAAUGGAACUGUGGUAGGAAAAAUUGACUUGAAUAAGACUCAGAGCAUUUAAAUUUUAUUUAUAAUAAUUAUAUUUGCUUAUCAUCUCUUUUCUUUGUUCUUGCAAAUUUCAUUCCUAUUAGGGAGAUUGACUGACAUACAGAGUUUUAAGUAGGAAGUGUACUAAAUGGGAGACAGGUCUCAUCCUAUAAGAAUUUAUUUCUUGAAAAUAAUGUGAACGAAUUCCUUUCUGUCAUAUAAUAUUGUAGCCUAAGAUCAAUUUUAACACCUAAAUAUAUAUGAGUAGUUAUCCCAGGAUUAAGUCUGUGUGUAUAAUUACAAAUGGAACAUUAUGCAAUGAUCAUAACAAAGUACAAUCAGUGUCCACUGACGAUUGCUUUAUAUUGUUAUCUUGAGAAUUUAGUCUCUUAAUGCCAGAGUAGUUCUGAUCUGUGUACUUUAAAUAUUAUGUCUUUAUAGGAAACUUGCAGUCUAUUUACCUGAAUAUUAAUUUAUCAGAUUCAGUGUUUCCAAAAUAAACAAAUCAGUAUUUCUCCUUACAAA